AUGCUCGGACUCGGAGGCAAGUCAGCUACACAGAAGGUCAUCGAUGAGCACAUCACCGAGCGUGAUGCUGCUCUCGGCCACGCUCUACCCGACGAAUCGUCUUACAAGGAACCAAUCAUCGUUCAGGACAGCAACCACCGAUACUUUGGUCUCCAAGUUGGUCUUCAGGAGCAUGACCUCGACAUCCUUUCCUCGGACAUUGCUGGUAUCACCUCUGGCAUCAAAGCUGGUCGCUGGACCGCAACGCAAGUUCUUUGCGCCUACGUUCGUGCAACCCGCCGAGCUCAGAUCCGAACCAAUUGCCUCACUGAGGUCUUUGUCGACAAAGCUCUCGAGCGUACUGCUGAGCUCGAUGCUCACUUUGCCAAGACUGGCGAGCUGGUCGGGCCUCUGCAUGGCAUUCCGAUUUCGUUGAAAGAUACCUUCCACAUCCCUCAUGUCCGAACGACGAUCGGCUUCUCGACUUGGCUUGCAAAGCCGCUUGAGUCUACCACUGCCACCGCUGCAUCGAUUUUACAACAUCUCGGCGCGGUACACUAUGUCAAAACCAACGUUCCGCAAACAAUGAUGACCUUUGAGAGCAUCAAUCCUGUCUUUGGACGCACUCUCAACCCGUACAGCCCUGAUCAUACCUCUGGCGGAAGUUCAGGUGGUGAAAGUGCCAUUGUUGCUUGCGAUGGCUCGGUAGCCGGUAUCGGAUCUGACAUUGCCGGUAGUCUAAGGAUCCCGGCCCAUCAUGCCGGCAUUUACACGGUCAAGCCUUCCCCUGGGAGAUGGGCCUAUGGGGGUCAGUGUGACUUCGGCAAAGGGUUUGAGAGCAUUGUGCCGGUCAUUGGACCCAUGUGUCGAACAGCGGCGGACGUGGAGACGCUAUAUUUGGAGGUGGUACGUCAGCAGCUACCCAAAUGGCUGCGUACUCCGAGGGACAAAAACGAUCCCAAAGUGCUUCAAGAAGCCGUGGAGAACGAUCAAGAGAAAGCCCAGUUCAAGACGGCUGACGAGACAACGGUGGUGCUCAACGAAGCAUGGCUCAACCCGAUCGGUAUGGUCGAGGCUCGAGGUGUCCCCUUGCGAAUCGGCUACGUCGUUGGUGAUGGGAUUUACCGUACCUCACCCGCCUGCUAUCGCGCGAUUCAGGAAUGCGUCGCCGCCCUCAAGACAAAAUACUCGGACAAGAGAGUCGAGCUGAUUGAAAUCGAGCCUAGCAAGCUGCAGACGCUCGAGCUCAUGCGCAUCUUCUUGCGCUUGCUCACUGCUGACGGCUAUCGCACGCUUUUGAAGGACCUUGGACCGGACAAGCUCAUCUCUCAGCUUCAAUUGCCCGUGAAACUCAGCCGCAUCUCUCGAUGGCUGCGAGGCGUGAUGGUUUUCUUCAUCCGCUACAUCGUCCGAGACCCAAUCUACGCUGACUUGGCUGCAUCAAUGGCCCAGCUUUCGGCUGCAGAGCACGCUGCUGCGCUCGAACGUCGCGAGCGUUUUGUCGAUAAGUGGAACCACACCAUGUGGAAUGAUCUCGCACUCGACGCGCUUAUCGCUCCCACACAGGCAUGCCCUGCAGUGCCCCAUGGUGGCGGAAACCACAAUGCUGCGAUGGCGGGAUCGACAGUGCUCUACAACAUUGUUAGGGCACCUGUCGCUGUGCUGCCCGUGCUGCGUGUCGAUCCUGCUUUCGACUCGCAGAAGGAGAAGGAGUUUGAGCAUGCAACCGCAGAGCAGAAGAGGGCGUAUGACAAGUGGGCUUCCGAGCGAAGCUGGAAGUCAACGAGCAAAGUGUGCAACUUCCUGCUCGACAAGACUGCAUACGAUGCCAAGAAGAUGGCUGGUUUGCCGGUUUGCGUGCAGGUGGUGACGAGACCAUAUCAUGAAGAAAAGGCAAUUGGCAUCAUGAGGCUGCUCGACGAUGCUCUCCCCUCUCCGGACAAGAGAGGCGCUGCCUGGAAGAACAAGCUAGAUGCACAAGGCCGCGCGGUGCCGGAAAGCCAGGCGAAUGAAUCGGUCGGGUUUGGACCCGGUACUUUGACUAAAGCUUUGUUCUAG